CGGGCUUUUGCCAUGGGGCACUGCCGCCUCUGCCAUGGGAAGUUCUCCUCCAGGAGUCUGCGCAGCAUCUCUGACGAGGCGCCCGGGGAGAGGUCAUCCCCAGGGGAGCAUGUCUUCAUCAGGGACUUCCAGCGCCUGCUGGGGGUGGCAGUCUGCCAGGACCCAGCUUUGUCUCAGUUUGUCUGCAAGAGCUGCCACGCCCAAUUCUACCAGUGCCACAGCCUCCUCAGGUCUUUCCUGCAGAGGGUCAACGUCGUCCCAACUGGACUUCUGAAGCCUUGUGCGAAGGUCGGUGCCCAGCCCCUUGCAGAGACCGAGGAGGGAGCAUGUCUGGUGGAGCUGAUCACUUCAAGCCCCCAGUGCCUGCAUGGCUUGGUGGGGUGGGUGCACGGACACGCAGCCGGCUGCAGGGCCCUGCCCAGCCUGCAGAGGACACUGUCCUCCGAGUAUUGUGGCAUCAUCCAGGCUGUGUGGGGCUGCGACCAGGGCCACGACUACACCAUGGACGCCAGCUCCAGCUGCAGGGCCCUCUUACUGGACAGCGCAGUGGCCGUCAAGCGGGCCUGGGACAAGGAGACAGCACCAUGGCUCACCCAGAACCAAGGGUCCAACCCCACUGGGGCUGCCUCUCAGAUCUCCCAGGGCAGAGGAACAGGGACCGCAGUUGGGGCUGAGACCAAGACCCUGUCCAGCACUGAUGUGGUCCAGUCUCCUCCAGAUGGCAACGCUGUGGGGCCUGGGCCAGGCUCCCCACCACAGCCAAGUCUGCCCCUCAGCGGGGCUCCAGGGCAGUUGGGUGAGAGGCAGUUUCCAUCUUCACCCUCGGAUGAUCGGGUAAAAGACGAGUUCAGUGACCUUUCUGAGGGAGACUUCCUGAGUGAAGAUGAAAACGACAAGAAGCAUAAUGCCCAGUCUUCAGACGAGUCCUUUGAGCCUUACCCAGAAAGGAAAGUCUCUGGUAAGAAGAGUGAAAGCAAAGAAGCCAAGAAAUCUGAAGAACCAAAAAUUCGGAAGAAACCUGGGCCCAAACCCGGAUGGAAGAAAAAGAUCCGUUGUGAGAGGGAGGAGCUUCCCACCAUCUACAAGUGUCCUUACCAGGGCUGCACAGCCGUGUACCGAGGGGCUGAUGGCAUGAAGAAGCACAUCAAGGAGCACCAUGAGGAGGUCCGAGAGAGGCCCUGUCCCCACCCUGGCUGCAACAAGGUGUUCAUGAUCGACCGAUACCUGCAGCGCCAUGUGAAGCUCAUCCACACAGAGGUGCGGAACUACAUCUGUGACGAGUGUGGACAGACCUUCAAGCAGCGGAAGCACCUUCUCGUCCACCAGAUGCGCCACUCAGGAGCCAAGCCUUUGCAGUGUGAGGUCUGCGGGUUCCAGUGCAGGCAGCGGGCAUCCCUCAAGUACCACAUGACCAAGCACAAGGCCGAGACUGAGCUGGACUUUGCGUGUGACCAGUGUGGGCGACGGUUCGAGAAGGCCCACAACCUCAACGUGCACAUGUCCAUGGUGCAUCCGCUGACACAGACCCAGGACAAGGUCUUGCCCCUGGAGGCGGAGCCACCGCCUGGGCCACCAAGCCCCUCUGGGACCACAGAAGGCCAGGCUGUGAAGCCUGAACCCACUUGAGAAUGGCAGGAGUCAGGCACCAUCAGCAGCCUGAACUCAGGUGUCACCUGGGGCUCCUCACAGCACACCCGACAGCGCAGCUCUGCUUCUCCCUGGAAGAGCACCCGCGGGCACAGCAGUUGCAUCAGGCCGGAGGGUGUUGCCCUCCCAUGGUGGUGAAGGUGGGCUUGGUGUGCAGCCCAUGUAGCCCUUGUUACCUGCUCUGGGACCAGCGGCUCAUUUUCCUAUAGACACUGAGUAACUCGGGGCCACACACAGACAAUAGACAGUUGAUUCCUUUUCCCCACUAAAGCAAUCGAGGAGGUUUGUAAUCCACUUUUUAGUGCAACAAGAUCUCCAUGUUAUGCUUAUAAUAAAUUAUUUACAAAGGA